AGUCAGCAUAUUUGCGUUCCCUUCCAUUAAAGCAGCUUGAGAUCUGCUUACCGAUAAGCUGUCAGUAGCAGCAAGAGGCAUUGCCUCCAUUUCACCUGCUGUCGGCAGAUGCCACUGGCAGAAUGGCGCUCCCGGUUGGAUCAUUCGGCGCACAACAGUCAUGUCAUAUGCGGGCAGCUAACGUGUAUGAUUCAAUGUUUCAAUCGACGUACGGGUGCGAUACCUGCCGAACGCUUCAGUAGUAGCUUGCCGCCCGAUCGAUUAGCUUGCCGAACGGGAGAACUGAUUUUGUUUGACAAUGAUUUCGGUACCUGUGUACACCCGCUAGGGACGCGCAUUACCAAAUCUCUAAACAUUCCGUUAUCGGUGGCGCUUUUAUCAGGAACGGCAAUCUGCCCGCGCAUCUACGAGUGUGACACGGUCCCGCCCCGGCGUGGGUUUGUUUGUAACGGGUGUGGUGUGACGCAGGUGACGCAACAGUGCACGUUGCGGUUCCUUCGGCAAGGUGACGUGACCGUGCGCCCCUUGUGUGCGAGUGUAGAGCGGAGUGCAGGUUCACACGCGCUCAGCUCGGACACAGCCUCCGCUAUCAUGUACCGGGAGAUAAAGAGCAUUUACAACUGGCUUGCGUCGGCUGCGAUCAGUGGCACGCGGGCACUGAGCACUUCCAGACCGAUACGGGCAUUACAGUGCACCAGACGGUACCGAAGCUGUUCCGUUUCCGGACUAGACGCGACAAUGGUAAAGACGGGCUCGGGUGGUGGUUCUUCGGCCGCUUCCGGCCGGGUUGUGUUACGCCGAAAGUCACACACCGGUACGGAUCCGAUCGUGGAGGAGUUGCGACGUGUACGGGUGGAAAAUGCACGCCACCAGCAGUACGACUAUUCGCACGUGUUCAGGAAAAAAUCAUUGCUCGACUUCGUCCGACUGUCGUUCGUUAUCAUGGGCAUCGAGAUUGUGUACUCAGCUGAGACGGCUUUCGUGACACCGAUUCUGCUCGGCAUCGGUAUCGAACAUCAGCUGAUGACGAUCGUCUGGGGAAUUUCGCCGCUGAUCGGCUUCAUCGUGUCACCGUUUCUCGGCACGUUCAGCGAUCGGUGCCGGUCCCGGUUAGGGCGACGUCGACCACUGCUGCUAGUGCUCGGGAUGGGGCUCGUACUAGGCUGCCUGCUGUUGCCGUUUGGUGAAACGAUCGGGCACUGGCUAGGUGACAUAGGAGAGUCCGGAGAGCCAGUAAUAAACAACACAGUUACAAUCGAUCGGAAUUAUAAUUCGUACCAAUCAUCUUCAUCAUCUAUUGCUAGCACAGAUCAUUACAAAUGGGCAAUAGUGGUGACUAUAUUCGGUACGAUACUAUUAGACUUUUGUGCCGAUUCUUCACAAGCACCGUCUAUGGCCUAUCUGCUGGAUGUGAGUCUGCCGGAGGAUCAUGGCCAAGCUUGUAGUACGUACUCGCUGCUGUCUGGUGUUGGUGGAUGCAUUGGCUACCUAAUCGGGGCCAUCGACUGGGAUGGUACGGUGCUGGGCGAGCUUCUCGGCGGUAAUAUUAACACCGUCUUCAUCCUGGUUACGGUGAUAUUUGCCCUUUGUCUUGGUGUAACUGUAUUUAGUUUUCGAGAAAUACCACUUCCACUGAUGGAGCGUAAUGAACUGCUGCAACCAUUAACGGAGCGCAUCAUAGCUAAGGAGCGACAGCGCUUCACCACCGAGAAGAAUCUUCUUCCGAUGAAAGACCUCGCGGACACACUGUUACUUCAGCUCGACUGUGAUGAGGAUGUUUCCAUUGCUAAUCGAGCCGACGAUAAGAAACCUCUGCUGAGUGUAUUUCAUGAAGAAGAGCGACGGAGUAAUCAACGUUCGGCAAAAGAGUUCCUGAAGACCACCUUCCGGAUACCGUCCAAACUUGGUGUGUUGUGUGUGACGAAUCUGUUCUGCUGGAUGAGCCACAUCAGCUAUUCGCUGUACUUUACCGAUUUCGUAGGCGAGAAAGUUUUUGGCGGUGAUCCGAUGGCACAUUCCGACUCGGAUGAGUACGAACUAUACAUUGAAGGCGUUCGGUAUGGAUGUUUCGGAAUGGCCAUUUACUCCAUAGCAUGUUCAACGUACUCGUGUACGAUCGAACGUCUGAUAAGGUUGCUUCGAGCACGGACGGUAUACAGUGGUGGCCUGUUGAUCGAUUUUGUCGGCAUGCUGUGUAUGGCCAUGUUCCCCAACAAAGUGACGGUGUAUGUGUUCAGCGUUACCGGUGGCAUUGUUGGUGCGUUACUCUUCACAAUGCCCUACAUCAUAUUGGCGAAGUAUCAUGCAAAAGGAUUGCUUGAUUCGUGCAAUGAAGCGAAUUCAAUGCAGCCACGGCGUGGGCUAGCGUCGGACAUUUCAAUCAUCGGCAGCAUGCUAUUUGUAGCGCAAAUCAUUCUCUCCCUUACGAUGGGUCCACUGGUGACGCUAACCGGAACGACGGCAUCGGUCAUUUACACGGCCAGCGUGUGCAGUCUUUUGGCGUCGAUAUGUGCCACCCAGGUCCAGUAUCUGGAUCUGUAGCACGGUGGUAGCAAUUAAGGUGCGUUUAAGUGUUGUAAGCUACACAUUGUGAUACUAGGGAAGCGAAAAGAUGUUCGAAUAAGAUUAGCAAUAAUAACUGAUAGACUACUAAUGAUAGAUGUAAUUUGAAGAAGUAAUAAAUUUAAAGGAAAAUACAA